CGAUGGCCUGCAAACGAUGUAAUCUUUCCGCUAACGUUUGCUCUCCUCAUCGCAGCUCUCAUGGCGUCAUGGCUAGCCCUCGUUUUGGAAUCUGUCUCGAUUAAUAAUAGCACAAGGCUCGGGAGUACAGUCAAAGUUGUUGUGCCGGCAAAAUUGAAUAUAGAAAAUGUGGCGCCGAGACCUAUCGAAACGUUGACUGACGGAUUCGAUGGAUAGGCAUUCAAUGCAGCAAAAUUUCGUUAGAGGGGAGCUAUCCGAGCACGCUUAUGGAUAGGAAGAAGAAGAAGUAGCAGCAGCUCGGAUUUUCAAUUUGGUGCAGCUCCGGAAGCAAUGGAAGAUCGGCUGUCCGAGCUGCCGGAAUCGCUGUUGCUCGAGAUCCUUUCGCGAUUGGAGAUGGAGGACGCCGUCCGAACAGGUGCGAUCUCGACUAAGUGGAGAAACUUGUGGAAGCUAGCUGAUGGAAUCGCUGUUCAUUAUCCUUUCCGCAAAUUGUACGGUAGAUAUCUCAAUUUCAUGACCUGUGAAGUCGUGGUGCGAGAGUUCGUUUCAGUAGUUAGCCGCACCUUGUCACAAUUUACUAGUCGUAAUAUCAAGAGAUUCUCGUUGGUGGUGGAUUACGUUAUUGAUAUUGACUGCCAAAUGUUCGACGAAUUGCUGGAAUGGGCAUUUCUGAGAAACGUUGAGAUUCUUCUGUUGACAUUUCCAAUGUCCGUUUAUUCUGCUCCUGAGUGGUUCUGCCAUAACUCAUCGCUUAAGAAAUUGGACAUCGAAGGCCCGAUUGAUUUCAAACUUCUCGGCAGUAUUGUGAAUUGGUGUUCACUCAAGAGUUUAUCGUUGUCAUUGGUGGAAAUUAGUGAUGAGGACAUAGCUAAAGUGUUGUCAGGUUGUCAGGUGUUGGAAAGUUUGGUUCUGAAUCAAGUUUCAGGCAUUAGUAAGUUGAAUUUUGGGUCGUCAGCUGUGAGAAAGCUAAGAGUGGUGAAUCACAGGAACUAUGACAAUGAAUUUUUUGAAGUUAUUGCUCCUUGGCUUGAGCAAUUAGAGAUUUCUGGACCAUAUCGUGGAUCUGAUAUUCGGCUGAAAGAUGUUUCUUCUUUGCUCAAAGCUGGUCUUACAUUUGAAUGUGUUGACCAUUUCUAUGGCCCGUUUGAUGUUGAUGUAUUCAUCCGUCGGGAAGCUCCAAUACUGGAAAGCUUGUGUGCUGUUGAGGAGCUAGCAUUUGGACGAGAGCUUAUUCAGUUGUUGCAGGUCAUGUCCUUGUUGAAACUAUUGGGCAGACAGUGUCCGUCAUUCAAGUGCAAACACCUGACACUACAUUCGCGUGCUUUUAAACACGAACUCCCCGGAAUAACAUACCUUUUACAGAGUUCACCUUUCUUGGAGACACUAGUCCUCGAGGUGGAAGCCCCGACAACAUGGGAGGACAACAUUGCGAAGUACCUUAUAGGUGUUUGUGAAUUCGAUGGAGCCAUGUACUUGAGCAAGCAAAGCUUCGAUUACGUGCAACUGAAAAAUAUAAAGAUAUCUCGAAACUUUUACUCGUGUUCUCACAGAGAUGCUUGGUGCAAUGCACCACAAUUUGACUUUGUGCUCGCUACGCAUAUCACAAGGUACGCCCGUUUCAUGGAAAAAGUUACUAUAACUUCGCCUGCGAUAGAAAAAUUGAACUCUAAUUGCUCGAGAAAUUGUGUGUCUGAAUAUUUUCAUCAGUUGUUUCGUGAAUAUUCACAAUAUUUUCAUUGCAACGACUCCGCAGGAGUGUGGAAGUUGAGUGCAAAAAAAUGGCCUUUUGAGAUUGUGUGUAGCAAAUAGAGUUUGUAUUGUGUAACUUAGAAUAUUUUGCACUACAUGGAAGAAAAACACGAAAGUCAGUCAGUUGCUUCGAUAUAAAGACAAUAAUGUUUGCAAAAGAUAUAUAUAUUUUGGUUAUUAGAAGCU